CAUCUUCUCCAAAUAAAGACCAACCGUUCCUUCUUUCUCUUACCCCUUCACUCUCCAUGAAGCCCGAUUUAUCAGCUAAGCCUUCUACUCUGUGGAAUUGGUCUCCUUAUCCUUCCCCGCCAUCAAUAAUCGAGCUCAAUUCCGCCAUUUUUACUCUGUAGAAAAGCUUGAGCCUCCUCAAGCUCCAUACCCAGUGCCAAAAUGGAAGGCGCUCUCUUCCCCAACAGAUGCCCACUUCCUGUGAGUAGACCCAACCAGCCAAUUCAAACUCUGAAGUUCAAUUCAACAACUCUUCCGCCUCCUCCUCCGUCGUCGCCAUCUUCCUCAUUUCCGAUCGAUACUCUGCUCCAGCAUCUUCUUCAGUUGUCUUUGCCCCCCAGUGACAGCGCCCACAAGCUCAAACCCGUAAAUGUUGCGCAAAACAAUGUCGCCCGUUUGCCGUCUCUUCAAAUUUCAGUGGAUUCGACCAGGAAACAGAGAGAAGGGCCUCAGUUGAAGAAACCCGGUUUGAAUUCAGCUACGCAAUUUGAGUACAAUGACGAGGAGAUUCGAGAUGGGCCUCUUCAUUUUCUCUCCAAGAAGGGUAUGUGCUUACUCAAUUCAAUUACGGAACAGCCUUUAGACAGCUUGAAUUCUUUUUUUUAUUCUGUCAAAUUUGAGUUGCUUGAAGUUGAUUUGGUCAGUCUCUUGAAAGCGCUAGACCUUUCGGGUAAUAGUGAGAGAGCUAUUUUGUUGAUUGAAUGGGUCGUGUCGAACUCUGGCUUUGAAAAUGUGAAACUGGACAACAAAGCUGUUGAGCUUAUGAUAAGAAUCCUUGGUAGAGAAUCGAAAUAUUCAACUGCACUUAAACUGUUCGACGAAAUUCCCAUUGACAAAUACUCGCUCGAUGUUAGAGCUUGUACCACCAUUCUUCACGCUUAUUCUCGCAAUGGCAAGUAUAAGCAAGCCAUUGCCAUGUUUGAGAGAAUGAAGGAAUGUGGCCUUUCUCCAAGUUUGGUUACUUACAAUGUCAUGCUUGAUGUUUAUGGGAAAAUGGGUCGCUCUUGGGAUAAGAUUUUAGGCUUAUUGGAUGAAAUGAGGAGUGAAGGUUUGGAAUUUGAUGAAUUCACCUGUAGUACUGUGAUUUCUGCUUGUGGAAGAGAGGGUCUAAYUAAUGAAGCUAAAGAAUUUUUUGUUGGAUUGAAGUCAAGUGGUUAUGAGCCAGGAACUGUCACUUACAAUGCUCUACUUCAAGUGUUUGGAAAAGCCGGGAUCUACUCAGAGGCUUUGAACAUCUUGAAAGAAAUGAAGGAUAAUAAUUGCACCCCAGACUCUGUUACUUACAAUGAGCUUGUAGCAGCCUAUGUUCGGGCUGGAUUCUACGAGGAAGGAGCUGCUGUCAUUGACACGAUGACAUGCAAGGGUGUGAUGCCAAAUGCUGUGACUUAUACUACUGUUAUAAAUGCCUAUGGUAGGGCGGGGAAGGAGGUCAAAGCGUUACAGUUAUUUAACCAAAUGAAGAAAUCAGGAUGUGUUCCUAACGUGUGCACUUACAAUUCUAUUCUUGCGUUACUGGGAAAGAAAUCGCGACCAGAGGAAAUGAUAAAGAUACUUAGUGAUAUGAGAAUAAAUGGAUGUUCUCCGAACCGGAUAACAUGGAACACUAUGCUUGCCAUGUGUGGUGAUAAGGGGAAACACAAGUUUGUAAACCAUGUUUUUAGGGAGAUGAAAAAUUGUGGCUUUGAACCGGGUAGAGACACAUUUAACACUUUGAUUAGUGCAUAUGGCCGUUGUGGGUCGGAGAUUGAUGCUGCAAAGAUGUAUGAUGAGAUGAUUAAAGCUGGAUUCACACCAUGCGUGACGACUUACAAUGCACUUCUGAAUGCCUUAGCUCGGCGAGGGGAUUGGAAAGGAGCGGAAUCUGUCUUACUAGAUAUGAGGAACAAGGGAUUCAAACCUAAUGAAACCUCAUUCUCAUUGAUGCUCCAUUGCUAUGCAAAAGGAGGGAAUGUGAGAGGAUUGGAGAGGAUUGAGAAAGACAUUUAUGAUGGUCAUAUCUUCCCCAGCUGGGUUCUUUUGAGAACCCUGAUUCUUGCAAAUUUCAAGUGCAGAGCUGUUAGAGGAAUGGAAAGGGCAUUUGAGGAAUUGAUGAAGAAUGGCUACAAACCUGAUUUGGUUAUAUUCAACUCCAUGCUAUCAAUUUUCGCUAAAAAUAACAUGUACGARAGGGCCCACGAGAUGUUGCACUUGAUUCGUGAGGGCGGACUGCAGCCAGAUCUGGUCACCUACAAUAACUUAAUGAAUAUGUAUGCAAGAAGAGGAGAGUGCUGGAAAGCAGAAGAGAUCCUCAAUGGGCUGAUAAAAUCUGGUGAAAAACCGGAUCUCGUGUCGUACAACACCAUAAUUAAAGGCUUCUGCAAACAAGGGCUAAUGCAAGAAGCUAUAAGAAUUAUGUCCGCAAUGACAGCUCGGGAGAUUCGCCCUUGCAUAUUCACCUAUAACACCUUCGUAUCGGGCUAUGCAGGACGCGGAAUGUUUGCAGAGGUAGAUGAAGUCAUUAGUUACAUGAUUCAGAACAAUUGCAGACCCAAUGAACUUACCUACAAGAUUGUGGUGGAUGGCUAUUGUAAGGCAAGAAAAUACCAAGAGGCUAUGGAUUUCGUGUUCGGGAUCAAGAACAUCGAUCAUUUGUUUGAUUAUCAUUCCACACAAAGACUAGCUUCCCAUAUAAGGGAGAUGAUGAGUUCUUGAUCUCUCUAGGUAUUCCUGCUGGUUCUUUCUUUGUUCAUUUAUAGGGAAGUACAGGUAGAUAUAUAAUAACCAUUACAAAACAUUCAACACCUUACCAGUUGAUUUGUAAUUCAUUUCUGGACAGUGUCUUGGUGGUUAUGGUAGAAGAAUAUAUGAGUUAUUGUGAUUCA